AUGACGCUAGGAGAUCUGCACAAUCUGCUCAAACGUGAAAUUCAGUCGUCGACAGACGAAAUCCAACGUAGCAUUAUGGAAAUGAAGGACGAGUUGAGGAAACUUGGCACCGAAGUCAGUCAUGCACAGGUUUCAUCGCAGCUAGCUACCAUAGACCGUGAUCUCAACUACAUCCAACAAGAACAGCUAUCGAAUAAUAUGUUACUGUCGAACGUUAUCAAAACCACCGAUGAAGAUCUUUGUGCAAUUAUGUGUAAAAUAAGCGAGACUUUGGGAGUUGAGCUGUUCGACCGUGAUAUUUUCGCAAUCACCCGUUUAUCGACGAGGAACGCUAAGCAAAUCGAGCCAAUCUUGGUACAAUUCUCUAACCGGGUUGUGAAGGAAAAAUUAAUGACAGCAGCGAAGAAUAUCACACUAUCUUGUCGGAGCAUUGGAUUUUCGAUCGAUCAGCGAAUCUACUUGAACCAUCACCUAACGCCGAAGAAUCAAACUUUGCUACAAGUAGUUAGAGCCUACAAGAGGGAGCACAGCUACAAAUUCGCAUGGUUUAAUAGGGGCUACAUCUACAUCAAAAACCUAAAUUAA